UAUUUAAUGUUAUAUUAUAAUUGUAAAUUUAUAAUUUAUUGUAACUAUAACAUUUCCAACAGAGGAGAGGCAGCGUUUUUUAAGCAGCCAAAAUUUGUUCCAUUGUUUCCUGAAAUGCUGUGGAGACGCUGUCUAUGUGGCACUCACCAUUUGUAUCUGUCAGCGUUCUUGGGGAAGCUGGAUUAAAAGACCAAAAAGCAGUGUUUCCGUGGAAGGCUGCAUUAGAGUUCCAGAAACACCAAUAAAGGUCCACUACAAUUGGCAAGGAGUUUGUGUUCUUCGGACAUUUAUACACGCUGCCCUUUGUCUGAUUGUGUACCUGCGUUUAAAAAUGCCUGUCAUUGGAAGUGGAUUUCGCUUGUUCUAUUUUGGUAUUUCAAAACUCUACUAUUUCAUACUAGGUAUUAGAGCGUUGCAAGAUGGAUUUAAUUGGUGGAGGAAAUUUGUUUUAUCCU